GUAUUUGUAUAUGUGUGAACUGUGAUGUGGAUAGCGGAUCGGCUUGUACGACAGGGAGCACGUUUAGAUUAAAAAUCUAAAUCUGCACGGCGUACAGGGAGCCUGUUGCGGAAUCGCUCGCCAAGAUGGUACUCAUCGCCGCCGCGGUAUGCACCAAAGCCGGGAAAACCAUGAUCUCCCGGCAGUUCGUUGAAAUGACGAAGGCGAGAAUAGAAGGCCUACUUGCUGCAUUUCCAAAACUAAUGAGCCCAGGUAAACAACAUACAUUCGUGGAAACGGAAUCUGUUAGGUACGUUUAUCAACCCCUUGAGAAAGUAUACAUGCUGCUUAUCACGACUAAGGCCAGCAAUAUUUUGGAAGACUUGGCGACAUUGAAGCUCUUUGCAAGAGUAAUUCCAGAAUAUUGCAGCUCAAUGGAUGAAGUUGAAAUAGCUGAAAAUGCAUUCAAUUUGAUAUUUGCAUUUGACGAGAUAGUUGCGCUAGGAUAUAGAGAGAAUGUCAAUUUAGCACAAAUCAGAACCUUUGUAGAGAUGGAUUCACAUGAGGAGAAGGUCUAUCAAGCAGUGCGAAUGACACAGGAGCGGGAAGCUAAGAAUAAAAUGCGUGAGAAGGCCAAGGAAUUGCAGAGGCAGAGAAUGAUGGAAGCUAACAAGAAGGGUGGAGUUAAAAGUCCUGGAUUUGGUGGAGGAUAUGGAAGCGGUAGCAUUCCCCCAUCUAUUCCGGCUGUUGGUGACACAGCUUGCUUUAUGCCUGAACCAGUUAAACCUUCUUACAAACCCAAGCAGAAACCAACAAAUGCUGGACCAGGUGCAAUGAAAUUGGGUGGCAAGUCUCGCGAUGUAGACUCGUUUGUCGAUCAAUUAAAGGAGGAAGGAGAGAAUGUCGUAUCAGGACCUCUCGCUGCUCCUGGGACAAAAUUAACGCAAAUCACUCCUCAGAUAAUUAACACAGAAUUGGUUCAUUUGAGACAAGAAGAGCGACUAAAUAUACGCGUUGGCCGAGAUGGAGGUUUACAAAACUUCGAAUUGCAUGGUUUGGUAACUUUACACAUCUCCGACGAGAAAUGGGGACGCAUUCGCGUGCAAGUCGAAAACAGCGACACGAGAGGAAUACAGUUACAAACUCAUCCAAACGUGGAUAAAGAAUUGUUCAGAGCGCAUGGGCAGAUAGGUCUGAAAGUACCUACGAAACCAUUUCCCUUGAACACUGAUGUUGGUGUGCUGAAAUGGCGUUUUCAAGCCCAAGAUGAAACGGCAUUACCAAUUUCAAUAAACUGUUGGCCUUCUGAAAACGGAGAAGGCGGUUGCGACGUGAAUAUUGAAUACGAAUUGGAGCAAGCUGAUCUAGAGUUGAACGAUGUCCAAAUUAAUAUUCCCCUACCUAUUGGAUGCAAUCCUAUCGUCAGUGAAUGCGACGGACAGUAUACGCACGAGGCACGACGAAAUACGUUAGUUUGGUCUCUGCCAGUGAUCGAUGCUUCAACGAAAUCAGGCUCUAUGGAAUUUUCAGCUCCGUCCUCUACACCUGCAGAUUUUUUCCCACUUCACAUUUCGUUUACGUCUAAAACGUCGUAUGCCAAAAUUAAGAUUAGCGAAGUUUUGCUCGUAGAAGAUGAGAGCCCAGUUAAGUAUUCUGUAGAAACUGUGUUCUUCACUGAUAAUUAUGAAGUUGUAUAAGACAUUAUAGAUAAUAGAUAAAAUAUUUACACAUAUAAGAAAUAUAAAAAUAGGCACAGUUCAGUGAGAAGGCAUAAUGUUAUGAUCAACAAGCAGGAUUGACUGCUAUUUGAAUUUUUGUUUUAUUGCCAUAUAGCCAUUCCUUACAUUGAACAUUGAUAUAUGUCGUUUACUACAUUUAUGUACAUGUAUAAAUUUAAUAUGCUCUUUAAUAGCUGUCCGGUGCCGAAUACUUAUAUACAUAUUUGUAAAAAAAAAAAGAUCUAUUUUAAUUGGAUAAAACUUGGUUAUGAUUCAUA